UUCUACAUGGAACUGGCUGUCGGCCAGUACUUCAGUCUAGGACCAAUCGGGACAUGGGGAGCCGUUUGUCCAUUGUUUCAAGGGGUUGGAUUUGCAAGCAUGAUGGUGUCCUUCCUGGUGUGUGUUUACUACAACAUUAUCAUUGCUUGGUGUUUGUACUACCUUUUCUUGUCGAUGGCCAAGGAUGUACCCUGGAAGUCUUGUGGUAAUUGGUGGAAUACUGACAAAUGUUUUGCAGGGCGCAUUCCUGAAACUAGCUGUUCUGCUGUUGCAAACAGCAGUGCUUCCCUAGGUAAUGGUACUGCUGCCUUUGCUAAUAAAACUGCUGCCCUGGUUAAUGCAACUGCCUCUAACUGCACGUUGGCCAAAGAUUUCACUUCUCCACCUUUGGAGUAUUGGGAAAAUUAUGUUCUGCGCAUAACAGAUAGCAUUGGAGAUGCAGGAAUUUUUAGAUGGGAGAUAUUGCUUUGUUUACUUGCAGCAUGGAUUGGUGUGUAUUUCUGUAUGUGGAAAGGUGUCAAGUCAUCUGGAAAGGUUGUGUAUUUCACUGCAACCUUCCCAUAUGUUGUGCUUUUCAUUCUGUUUAUUCGUGGAGUCACACUUCCAAAUGCAAGUGAAGGCAUCAUUUACUAUUUGAGGCCAGACUGGGUGCGCCUGAAGGAUCCUAAGUUAUCUGUGGCACCUGCAGCGCUUCUAGAGCACAGCCCGGUUAAGGAANUUGCAAUGUACUUAAUAUUUGCUUUCUUUGGUAGAGAUGCGAUGAUGAUCUCACUAAUCAACUGUGGAACCAGCAUUUUUGCUGGCUUUGUCAUCUUUUCAACACUGGGCUUUAUGGCACAGGUUCUGAACAAAGACAUCACAACAGUGGCAGCUUCAGGUCCUGGCCUCGCUUUUGUUGUGUACCCAGAGGCUAUCGCUCAAAUGCCAGUAUCACCACUAUGGGCCAUUCUGUUCUUCUUCAUGCUGCUUACACUGGGUCUUGACAGUCAGUUUGGCAUGAUGGAAGCAGUCAUCACAGGUGUAGUUGAUGAGUACCGCAUAUUCCGAAAGCACAAAGAACUCUUCAUCCUUAUUGCAUGUAUUCUCUGCUUCCUUCUUGGCCUGCCAUGCGUCAUGCAAAAUGGAGCGUAUGUUUUGAACCUGUUUGAUUAUCAGUCAGGAGGUGUUUCUCUCCUGUUUUUGGGAUUCUUUGAAACUGUUACCUUAGCCUGGAUCUAUGGCACAGACAGAUUCUCUCUCGAUAUUGAGAAGAUGAUUGGUCGCCGUCCUGGAGUUUGGUGGUGGUUCUGCUGGAGGUUUUGUUCACCACUCAUCAUGGCAGGAAUAUUCCUGUUCAGCAUCUCCCAGUGGGGUGGAGUUUCCUAUAACGAUUACAAAUAUCCACCUUGGGCUGAAUUUUUUGGAUGGGUUCUGGCCUUAUCAUCAAUGCUGUUCAUUCCUGGAAUUGCAAUCUGGCAGUUGUACCGGACUCCUGGCACAUUCCUGGAGGUAUGUGUGCCUAAACUAACGUGAAGCCUUUUUCCUGAAAGUAAUCAUGUUGUAGUUGCUCAGAAUAUCAAUACAUAUGUAAGAUUGUCAAGCACACAGGCGACAGGCCGAAGAAGUUAUUUGCUGGAUUUUGCAUCAGGAAACAAAAUUCAAAGCUCUCUCCUUG